AGACGCUUCAAUGGAGAUAGGCCACUGCGACGACAGACAAUGCAGAAAGGAAGGAGGCAGGCAUUCCGGGGGCCUGCUUACAUGUUUACUGACAGAUCGACUAGUCUAAGUGCCGAUGAAGAACGAUUUCUGGACGCAGCUGAAUAUGGCAACAUUCCUGUGGUCAGAAAGAUGCUCGAGGAGUUUGGAUCACUCAACGUGAACUGCGUUGAUUUUAUGGGUCAGAAUGCACUGCAGUUAGCUGUAGCAAAUGAGCAUCUGGAGGUCAUAGAGCUUCUGCUGAAAAGGGAUAACCUGUCACGUGUUGGGGAUGCCCUAUUGUUGUCCAUCAGUAAGGGCUAUGUGCGAAUAGUGGAGGCCUUAUUAAGCCACCAUGCUUUUACUGCCGGAUGUAGGCUAACUGUAAGUCCAAGCCAGCAGGAAUUACAGCAUGAUGACUUUUAUGCCUAUGAUGAGGAUGGUACUAGGUUUUCCCAUGAUGUCACUCCAAUAAUCCUGGCAGCCCAUUGCCAAGAGUAUGAAAUAGUUCACAUUCUUUUGAGGAAAGGCACACGUAUAGAGCGACCACACGACUACUUCUGCAAGUGUGGUGAGUGCACCGAGAAACAGCUGCACGACUCCUUCAGCCAUUCUAGAUCUAGGAUAAAUGCCUACAAGGGUUUGGCAAGUCCUGUUUACUUGUCACUGUCCAGUGAAGACCCAGUACUAACCGCUCUGGAACUCAGCAAUGAGCUAGCUGUGCUGGCCAACAUCGAGAAAGAAUUUAAGAAUGAUUAUAAAAAGUUAUCCAUGCAAUGCAAAGACUUUGUUGUUGGACUUCUAGACUUAUGUCGGAAUACUGAAGAAGUAGAAGCCAUUCUGAAUGGAAAUGUGGAGACCGUUCACGAUAGUAACCCUUAUCUUCGACCAAGUCUUAGUAAGCUAAAACUGGCCAUUAAAUAUGAGGUCAAAAAGUUUGUAGCUCACCCAAACUGUCAGCAACAGCUUCUGUCUAUCUGGUAUGAAAAUCUCUCAGGAUUGCGUCAACAACCAAUUGCAGUCAAGUUUCUGGUGGUGCUUGGUGUCGCUAUAGGCCUGCCAUUCCUGGCCAUGUUUUAUUGUAUUGCGCCCUGCAGCAAGCUGGGAAAGAUCAUGCGAGCACCAUUUAUGAAAUUUGUAGCACAUGGAGCUUCGUUCACUGUUUUUCUUGGACUGCUGGUUAUGAAUGCAGCUGACAGAUUUGAUGGUACAAAACUGCUGCCAAAUGAAUCGGUUACAGAUCACCCCCGGCAACUCUUCCGAAUGAAAACAAGCUGCUUCACAUGGAUGGAACUGCUCAUUAUUUCCUGGGUAAUAGGGAUGAUAUGGUCAGAGUGCAAAGAAAUAUGGUCCCAAGGUCCCAGAGAAUACUUAGUAGAACUAUGGAACUUAUUGGAUUUUGGAAUGCUCGCCAUCUUCGUAGCAUCAUUUGUAGCACGAUUUAUGGCAUAUUGGCAUGCCUCCAAGGCUCAGAGUUUUGUGGAUGAAAAAAUCAAAAUGGAUUUAGUUAAUGCAACUCUUUCAACAGAAAUAGAGUACUACACCUUUGCUCGAAUAAAGUGGCUUCCAUCUGAUCCCCAAAUUAUAUCAGAAGGCCUCUAUGCAAUAGCAGUUGUAUUAAGUUUUUCCAGAAUUGCCUACAUCCUUCCAGCCAAUGAAAGCUUUGGACCUUUACAAAUAUCCCUGGGAAGAACUGUGAAAGAUAUAUUCAAGUUCAUGGUCAUAUUCAUCAUGGUUUUUGUGGCCUUCAUGCUUGGAAUGUUUAAUUUAUAUUCCUACUACCUUGGAGCAAAGCAGAAUGAUGCCUUUACAACUGUUGAAGAGAGCUUUAAAACCUUGUUUUGGGCUAUAUUUGGUUUAUCGGAAGUCAAGUCAGUGGUCAUCAAUUAUGGUCACAAGUUUAUUGAGAACAUCGGUUAUGUUUUGUAUGGUGUGUACAAUGUGACCAUGGUCAUCGUUCUUCUGAACAUGCUGAUUGCGAUGAUUAACAGCUCUUAUCAGGAGAUUGAGGAUGAUGCUGAUGUUGAAUGGAAAUUUGCCAGAGCUAAGUUGUGGAUUUCUUACUUUGAAGAAGGGCGGACUCUUCCUGUGCCAUUUAACCUCGUGCCAAGCCCUAAGUCAAUUGUCUAUCUGCUGCUGAAAAGCAAAAGACUGCUUGCUAAGCUUCUGAGGUGCAGAAAAGAAGAAUUGCAUGAAGAUGCAGAAAUGGACAAGCUUGGCCAGAGUAAACCUUCAAGCAUCCGAAGCUCUGAGGAUCACAGUUUAAACAGCAUUAGCAACCCACCAACGAGAUACCAGAAGAUAAUGAAACGUCUCAUCAAGCGAUACGUACUGAAAGCACAAAUAGAUAAGGAAAAUGAUGAUGUGAAUGAAGGUGAACUCAAAGAAAUCAAGCAAGAUAUUUCAAGCCUCCGAUACGAACUCCUUGAAGAGAAAUCUCAAAACACAGAAGAGCUGGCUGAACUGAUCAGGCAGCUUGGAGAAAAGUUAGGAGCGUAGUCUAACAGCAUUGUCGGAAAUAUCUUAAUGCUAUUGAUAUCUUAAACCAUUCUGUACCAAAUCGGUAAUUAUAUUAAUAGAUUUUGCACUUUCUUUACAAUAGUGCUAAAUAUAAUUUAGGUAUAGAUGUUUCAAUAGGAAUGAAAGCAUAGUUGAAGUUAUAGUUAUGCAAUAAUUUAUAUGGUAUCAGAAAUGUUUCUAUUACUUUUCUCGGUUUCCGGAUAAAGGACCACACUGUAUUAAAAUGUUUAUAUAAUAGUGACAAUUUGUGUAAAAUAUAUGACAUAGUUUUCUUUACAAUAAAGAGGAUAACCUUACAAAGAAGUCUGAAGAACAAACAUUUACACUUUGUCUACGAUGCCCAAUAUAUUGCUGAGAAGGAUUUUUUUCUAUGGUUCUAUCAAAUUGUAAUUAAACAUAAAAAGCCAAACUAUGAAAUUUAUUGCUGUUUAUAUUUUUAGUGUGGGGUACCAUUUUAUGCCGCGUUUUAUGCAAAUCAGUGACGUCUUGCAAAAGUUUCAUGUAUUCCU